UCAGCUGGAGCAGGUACAUCUUUACUCUUUUUCAUGUAAUUAAAUGCUAUCAAAUGUUCAAAUUAAACGUAGGCCUAACAAAACAUUAUUAUGGUACUUCAGUGACAGAUGACUCAACUCUGAUUUGAAGCAUUGAUCCCUUUUCAUUGUUUUUCCACCACUUCUGUUUCUUUAGUCACAACCAAGGGCUCAGUUGAUCAUGUGACGCACGAUCAGCAAGGUCUGUCCUCUCCAUCUGAUUACCUGACUAAUCCCCUGUCCGGGGAGAAGCACAGACAACCUUGCUUCGGGUGGAACUAAACGUAUUUCUCCAACAGGUUUCCUCUAAAGACCUAAAUUCUAUCUAUUUUUUUAUAUGAAUGGUCAUAGGAGUUCUUAAUUGCAUUUUAUCGACGUUAAUAUCCUAAUUGCGAAAUGGGAGAAAUAACGCAACCUGUCCCUAAGUUGGUUCCGCACAAUUUGGAGACUUCCAAGGCAGAUAGGAGUCCCCAUUCAAGAUCGGGUGUGAAGAAACCUGUAGAACUUCUGAUCAAGUCCCUCAACGAGCUCGUCGCUGAAAGCCACGAAAAACCGUACGAGGCGGUAACAGUGAUGCACCAGACCUACGAGAAGGAGCGCAGGAAGCUCCUGCACCUAUGUCGAGAGGGAAGAGAGAAAAUCGUCAAGAAGGCUCCGGACGAAAAAAAAUCGCGGGCCCCCCUUCCCCCAACGCAGCUCCCUGCUUUAGUAGUGGUCGGUAGGGCUGUCCACGAGAGCAGCAGGAGCGACUGUUGUUCUCCACACACUGACGGUGAUGACAGCAGCCCGCCACCACAGCACUCUGUUGCGCAAGGAUUCAUCCGCAGCAGCAGCGCUGUGGGCAAACCCCCACCUUCUACUACUACUACUUACAAACGUAAGUGUGCGUUGAGAUCCCUCAGACCGAGAAACCACAACAACAAGAACAACAACGACGACGGCGGCAGGCUGUCCACCGGCAGCAGCCACAGUCUGGGUGACCUCAGACACUCCCCGGCCACUCAGACCCAGCUGGAGCGGCUCACGGGGGACAUCCACCAGAAGAUGCGCGUGACGGUGUCGGAGAAGGACCGCAAGAUCGCCGCCCUCAUGCUGGUCAAGCGCCGAGAGGAGAUUGGCCUGCUGUCCCUCCGCAAGCAGGGGGAGCACGAGCGGCAGCAGGCCCGCGGCGAGGAGGCGGCGCGGCGGGCGCAGGAGGAGAAGGGCAGGAGGAGGAGGCUGAGGCAGAGCCUGCAGCGCUGGCGGCAGGAGACGGAGGCCCUGGGCCGGAGCAGGGAGCGGCGGCACCAGGAGUUGACGUCCCUGCGCGAGCGGCAGGCGCGGCUGCAGGAGGAGCGCUGGCUGAGGUCCAGGGAGGAGCUGGAGGCCCGACGCCGUGAGGCGUCGGAGGCCGCCCGGACGGAGGCGCAGUCGCGCAAGCGCUGCCAGGAAGGGCUGCUCCGGGGCCGGGAGGAGGUGGAGCAGGCGGGGAGGGAGAAGGAGGCCCGGCGGGCGGCGGAGCGGGAGCAGAGGGCCAGGAGCGGGAAGGCCACGCGGGAGAGGAGGGAGAAGAAGAGGCUGUCGCUGGAGAACAGCCGGGAGCUCCUGCAGCACGUUCUCCUCAGAAAGCGCGCGGAGCAGCAGGCGAAGCAGGCUGAGGCGGAGGCCAGGGGCGCCAUGGAGCGGCGGCUCAGGCGCUCCCGGGAGGAGCAGGCACGGGCCUCGGAGGGGCGGCGCAGGGAGCUGCGGGAGCGGGGCUCCCUGCAGACGGAGCACAUCCAGCAGGCUCGCGCCGCCGCCGAGCAGCAGAGCCGCCAGCAGCUCCGCCACAAGCUGCUGCUGGUGCAGCUCAGCCAGCGCCGCACGGAGCGCGCCGCGCGCCAGGUCUCGGCCCAGACCCGGGCCCGGGCCCAACAGGCCCGGCAGCACAACCUGGGCCGCCGCCUCUGCCACCAGCAGCUCCGGGAGCGGGUGCGGAGGGAGGAGGAGGCGCGCAGGGAGGCGGUGGAGAGCCAGGUGGUGGCCAAGGAGCGCAAGAGGAGGGAGCUGCGGGCGCAGCGGGAGCGCACGCAGGAGGAGGCGCGCCGGGCGGCUCGCGCCUCCUUCCUCAUGAGGGAGAGCGUGAGGGAGCAGAGUGUGAGGCGGACGUUCGACCGCAUGGCGCUGGAGGCCCAGCUCUGCGCCCGCUUGGCAGGAGUCAAGCUCUGAGAGACCUCCUGCUAGGGUGCUGCUGCUGUGUCCUCCUACGGCUGUGUGAGCAGCAUGUGGACACUGUCAUGAUCUGGGGAAGGCCCCGCUGAGAUGUCAUGUGGUCGGACAUUAUGGGGGGCAGGAGGGGUCAAUGCUCCCCCUGAGUGAAAUCAUGAUGUCAGGUGCAAAAUAUUAUAGGUUUGAUUUGGUCUACAUUUCAUUGAGGAAUAGUAUAAGUUUACAUGACCAACAGUUCUACGUAAGUUGAAAAUUUGGUAGAGCCUAAAGAUCCCGCUGGCUGGGGAGAACGUUAGCGGCUGGGUUGCAGUUUCCCCAGAUUUCAGCCGGCUCCUCCCCAUGUUGAUCCACUUCAGGACCUCAGCGAUGGAAGGCCAAACCAGGGGAAACUGGACCAUUACUGGAAAGCUGGAUAGAUCAGUCUACCAGCCUACCCAGUGGACCUUAGCAAAUGUUGCUUAUCUAUCCAUCAUACAUCGAGUUGGACACUCCCACUUGUAUUCUCACUAAAACUCAGGAAAAACAAACGGCUUGCAAUGGCUAAUCACACUCACACCUGGUUGCAUAUCACCCCUUUAAACUAGUCUACGUGUGUUUGACCGAGCUUAGCUGUAUGGUAGCAAGGUGAGCUUACUUUUUCUGCUUCUUUGCAUAAAACCUUGAUGUAACUAGAACAACCUGGUCUCACAGGAAUCCGUGAAAUGACUACGGACGAAUAACUCGAAAUCCGUGGACACAUCACGGAAA